CCUCAUCUCCCGGAAUGAAUCAAAGGAAACCCCCGUCUUUGAAAAAGACUUCUUUUGAGUUAAGUUUCUUAUACUGGUACCUUUCUAAUCUCACUACAAUAUGUAACAUUGGUGUUCGAUCUCAAGUAUUUCUGAAUAUAUUCCUCUAUCCACAGAAAUAUACUCUGGGGGAAAAAAAUAGAACAAAUUCUUGCCCUCCUGACCAUUGAACAAGAGACUAAUUAGACAAUGGAGCUAGAAAAACGUCAAAGUAAACUGGAAGGAGGCGUGCAUUCCCAGCUGAUACCUUCGGUUAUUGCUGUAGUUUUCAUCUUACUUCUCGGUGUCUGUUUUAUUGCAAGUUGUUUGGUGACUCAUCACAACUUUUCACGCUGUAAGAGAGGCACAGGAGUGCACAAAUUAGAGCACCAUGCAAAGCUCAAAUGCAUCAAAGAGAAAUCAGAACUGAAAAAUGCUGAAGGGAGCACCUGGAACUGUUGUCCUAUUGACUGGAGAGCCUUCCAGUCCAACUGCUAUUUUCCUCUUACUGACAACAAGACGUGGGCUGAGAGUGAAAGGAACUGUUCAGGGAUGGGGGCCCAUCUGAUGACCAUCAGCACGGAAGCUGAGCAGAACUUUAUUAUUCAGUUUCUGGAUAGACGGCUUUCCUAUUUCCUUGGACUUAGAGAUGAGAAUGCCAAAGGUCAGUGGCGUUGGGUGGACCAGACGCCAUUUAACCCACGCAGAGUAUUCUGGCAUAAGAAUGAACCCGACAACUCUCAGGGAGAAAACUGUGUUGUUCUUGUUUAUAACCAAGAUAAAUGGGCCUGGAAUGAUGUUCCUUGUAACUUUGAAGCAAGUAGGAUUUGUAAAAUACCUGGAACAACAUUGAACUAGAAACCCACAAAGUGAUCCUUGCGAUGGAAAGAGAAAAGAAGAACCAAUUAGAAUGAAGCAGAAUGUACAUGCGUCAUUGGAACACAGAAAACAUGCUGGUUCAUACGGCGUUUUUAGUCAUGAUGGUCUCUAUUUUGUUUGAUUCAUUUGAGACAACAUGUGUGUAUGUGUGUGCGUGUGUGUGUGUGUGUGUGUGUAGAUAAUGUGGUUUUUGUAUGGUGUUUGAUGGAAGGAAUAAUCUUUCUUUGCUUUCUUAGUAGUAUUUCAAGGUGUUUACUUUUCAAUUGGUGUGCACUGAAUGCAUGUAUGGAAGAAUAGCGUGAAUAAUGCAAUCUCUUUGUCAUUUUUCCCCUUCUCAGACUCUUAGCUCUUAAAAUUCAAAGAUGGGAUAUUCUAACUGGUAGUGGUGCAUCAUUUUUAACCCAAAUAUUGCAAGCACUUUAAAGAUUUUAAGCCACAUUUUUAUUGUUUGAUGUUUCAUUUUCAGACUUUUUAAUGUCAGUCAUUACAUUUACAUUGCAUGAGGAAAAUUUUUCCAGAACAACACUGUGGAAUAGUUCUGAAUUAUGCUGUUCUACAGAUAGAAAAAAAGUCCAAAUGCCUUUAAAAAUUUACUUCUUACUCCACCCAACACGUUUUUGCAAAGCAAGAAGUCUCUGUAAGACACCUUAAACAAAGUCCUUCAAUUCUACAGCAGAGGAAAUAAAAUCCCCCAGAAGCCAAAGGGCUCACCUUCACAUUGUUAGUUCAUGACAGACCCAGGUGUGCUUCAUUAGAGAUAACAUACAUUCCCUUUGGUAUCACAGGAAGUUACUGGGGAUUACUCGACCUCAUUACUUAGCUAACGACUGGAUAAAAUUUCUUAAUUAUUUGAAGUAACAUUGUAUUCGUGUUUGCAUUAUUAAUUUGAAUAGAAAAUAAUCACAUUUUCAACCCAUUUAUACAAAUUGUUAAUGUUUCUUUAGAGCUGUAUAACUAUAGUUUGAACUAGCAAGGAAGUUAUUGUUUUGACAACCAGAAAUUAUGCUUUUCUGGUGCAUGUAACAUUAAUUGCAAAGGGCAGUCACAUCCAACUUUAAUAAAAUAUGGUGGUCUUUCUUAAAA